CACCAACGACGACGAACCGAAAGUAAGGAAUGAAAGUUGGCGGGAACUCCGAACCAUGAUGAACACACAGAUAUGAUCUUCUCUAAAUUUAUACUUGUGGAUGGAUUGUUGGUUUAACGGUCGGAUGAUAAAGAUAUAAAAGACACCAUGGCACAAUUUGCUGUUAUUGAACAAGCCAAAAAAUCUUUGAAGACAGUUCAGGAUUAUAUUAAAGUAGGAAUGGAAACAACUAUCGAUGUUGCUCAAGAUAUUGCAGAAAGUAAAAUUGAGAGUGAGAAAGAAAUUGAUACCUUGAAGAGUGUCAUGCAAGACUAUGUGCAAAUGGAGCGAGAUUUAGAAGAUUUCAUGAAUUCAGUUGAAGAUGUGACAAACCAGGCUGCCCAGUCUCAAGAAGCCAUUGAUUUAGAAGAAUCGGUAGAGAAGAGGCUCCAGGAUUAUAAGAACAGAAGUCGGAAGCUUCCACUAGAGGGGCAUGAGAAAUUCUUGGAUCUGACAGAAAAAAUAGCAGGAAUCCUAAAUCCAGACGGGGAGGUGAACUGUAUCCCGCAGACUCCGGUCUGUGGGGGGGACGAGGAGAUGGUGCUGACCCAGUCUGACGUCAACACGAGGUGUCCCUACACAGGCAAGGACAUGGUGAACCCGGUCACCAACAAACACUGUAAACACAACUAUGACAGGGACGGAAUCUAUUACUACAUCAAAAUCAAGAAGAACAAGGCAAAGUGCCCAGUUGGUGGUUGUAUGAAUGAAAAUCCAAUCAAAAAGGAAGAUUUAGUGGAAAACAAAGAACUUAAGAGAUAUAUUGAGAAGAAAAUCCGCCAAGAGAAGAAAUCAAAGAAAUAAUAUCUUAUGUGAGAUAAUAAAUCAUUUAAUGCUACAUGUACAUGCAUGUAUGUUAAAACAUGUAUGUAAAUGCCACUAUGUGUUUCAAAGGUUUUCUGCAGAGAAACUGUUUUUAUUCUGAAUAAAUUUUACAAUGAU